AUGAAGGCAACUGUCAUCGCAGCCCUAGCUACCUUCGCUACUCUGGUGGCUUCCACGCCUAUAUCACCGCAGGCCAGAGCCAUGACCGUGAAUAUGCAUCGCAAAAGCUUCUCUCAGAUGCUCCAGAAGCGUGAAGGGUACGACGGGAACAUCAUUGACAGUGUCAACUAUAUCCUAGUUAUCCUUACGGAUGAAGCGGGCGUGGCCGACCCCUACCAGGACGAAAUUGACGCCGUCAGCAACCCGGCUGAUUUGCGUCCCGGGAAGAAUGGUGGCGGGCUCGUCUUACUGUUAAUCUUUCACUCUUUGCUCUUUGCAACAAAUGCAGACACGGUCACCAUUCUGCUGGGAUUCAAUAUGGCUGGCUAG